CGCAGUCUGACUUGAAUGUCUAGAAUUCACCUUUAUCUCUCUCAACACACCUCAUAAACAAAGACAUGCAAUGUCACGAAUAGAAGAAUUGCCAGAUGACUUUGACGAGAGCCUCAACCUCAAUGAAGCCCCCACAGGGCCAGCGCCGUCGCUGGACGACCUGUACAAGCAGCACCUGGCGACACCGAGGACGGACCCAAUCAGUGACCGCAGCUUCGAGGAGAUUGUGCAGGAUAUGAGCAAGACUCCGUUCUUUAUGAACAGUCUGGACGAUGCCACCGACUCUGGUACGAUAAAAUGACCCCAAUCCGGCUGGGAUCGCGGAGACAGUGGUGCUGAGUGUGAUAUGCAGAUGGACAGAAUGACCUCCUGGAAGCCAUCAAGGCUCUACAAUACGAGGGGACCAAGGCAGAGGUUGCGCAGAACUUCAAAGAGCGCGGUAAUGAAAUGGUGGCAGAGAAGAAAUGGGGCGAUGCAAAAGAGUUCUAUACCAAAGGCAUUGCCGUCCUUCACAAUGCCACCGAGGAUCAAUGGGAUCAGCCAGAAGAUAAGGCCAAGGAAGAACAACUGCGGAUCACGCUCGAUGAGCAGCUCCAUGUCAAUCGAGCACUUUCCAACUUGGAGUUGAAAAACUACCGAUCGACGGCACUGGAUAGCGCAGCGGCACUACGGAUCAAUCCUCAGAAUGUCAAGGCACACUAUCGGUCGGCGUCGGCGCUAUUGGCCUUAGACAAGGUACUCGAGGCGCUGGACGUGGCAUCACGUGGUAUCAAGAUCGAGCCUAGCAACACAGCAUUACAAACACUUUUGACCAAGAUUCGCGAUCGAGCACAGGUCAAAGAGGCCCAAGACCGGCGACGACUGGCGGAACAGAGACGAAAACAACAAGAGAGCCUGAUUUUGCAGACAGCGCUCAAGGCGAGGAACAUCAAUGUGCGAGGAACAAAGCAAGCACCCAACCUGGAAGAUGCCAGCGUUCGGCUUUCACCAGACCCUCUGUCGCCAGAGAGCAUGCUGGAGUUUCCCGUGAUGAUUUUCUAUCCCAUGCAUAACCAGACCGACCUGAUCAAGGCGUGGGCGGAGAAGGAUGCGGUGAUCGAUCAUCUGAGUUAUCUUCUCCCGCUCCCAUGGGACAGCAAGAACGAGUACAAGCUGUCGACGGUGGAGUGCUACAUGGACACGAUCAACGGAGGGCUGAUGAAGGUGGGCAAGAAAUUGACCUUGUUGGAGGUAUUGUCCAAUGGCAAGACUGAGGUUGUGGAUGGGUUGGUUAAGUUAUUUGUGGUACCCCCAUCACUAGCACCUCAAUGGAUUGCAGAUAUGAAGAGGAAGAAGGGUAAAGCAUAAGGAGGGGUAUAGUCAAGGAUGCCUCCUGGGAUGAUCUGUCUUCUCUGUGCGGAUUGCUGUUCUUCUUGGGAUUUGCUGGCGACGACUUGGAUGAGUUUGGCGUUACUCGCAGGCAAAGUCAGGCGCAGGCAGGCCGCUGCAUCUGUUGGCAGACUAAGUCAUUGUGCCUUCCUUGUUCUGAAUUUACUCAUGUCAAGUAGAGGCAGGUGCUACAUGGAGCGUAUCAGGUAAGUAGUACCUACUUCAAUAAUACAUUAAGGUACUCUGUAGAAGGA